GCAGCUUCCACGUAUAGUGACGGCACAGGCGUCACGGCCGCAGCGCAACUAGCGUGUGGGUGAGUUGUGAUGUGGCUAUGUUCCACUUGCUGGCCAGCUUGUGCCGAGCUGGCUCCAGCGAGUCCAGCCAGCUCCUUUCCUACUCCAUGUCCCUAAGUUCAUAGCGGGCACCGCAAGAACCACAAAGGCAGUGCACACAACCGCUAUAACAGUUCCCUUCUUCUCGACUGUUUUGGUGUUCACGGCAUUAGUGGGAUAGACUGUGUUUUCUCAGUAGCCUGGGAGUACUGAAAACGUGACCUCAGAGACGUCAAGGCUUUGUCCAACAAUGAACUGCAGCUGCAGAUCAGCGCCGUGGUCAACUACUGCACACGCGUGGGCUGCCUGCGCUCUUCUGCUCAGUUUCUGUUUAGCUUACAAGCACAUUUUUUCCACAGGUUAUUACACCAUGGCUGCUGAGUCGUCCAUAGAGAAAAACAUUGACAAAAUCGGCGGCAUUGUCGUGGCUGGCGUGCUGGCUGCCAGCUUUCUGUUGCUGCUGUGGCAAGUGGUACGCCUCCGCUUUACCCCACUGCUCCCCGCACUUCUGUUCACCGUGCUCAGCGCCAUCGGCUGGCUUCUAUCAGCAAUUGGCGCCAUUCGGGAAGACAAGUCGAUGAACGACCAGGGCCACAAGGUCUACGCUGCAUCCUUCAUGUUCCUGAUGUUUGGUGCGCUCCUGCUACUCGCAAAGUGGGCUGCUAUCCGCUCGGGCGUCAGCUGGAACCGCAUAACCAUUGUGAUGGCAGGAGUGUCGGCUGUAGCCAGCGUUGUAUUCGGCAGCCUGGAGGCUGCUGGCCAGAUUGACUGGCUCAAAACUCCAAGUGACAUGCCUAAAACAACGCUAAAGGUGGCCGAAAUCGGCUUCCUUGUCCUGUCGGUUGUGUACUUGGGCACAGUUGUGCGCUUCACUGUCCACGAGGCCAUGGUGUACCAGGCGCCGCGUGUGCGCAUGUCCUUUUACAUCACUGCAUUCCUGCUGUUUGUGCGCAGUCUGUUUUACAUGCUGGUAGCGCUGCGUGUCAUAAAGCUGGACACGGACAAGCGUCGCCUGUACCUGUUCUUUUUGACGACCGUACCUGAGACCAUAUCGUGCUUGGUGUGGGCACUGACUUUUGUUGCGCGCGACUUGAAGGCAACAAGGGUCGAGCCUAUUGGUGAACUGCCGCCGUCCGACGCCGACUUCCGCCCCGUGGUGGUGCCGACGCACGGCGAGGGGACAGAUCCAUACAAGCUGGAUACGGAGCCGACUCGCGACAGCAUGUUUGACAGCGCUGGCCGCCAGCAGCAAAACACAGCCGGGCAGGUGCAAUUUGAGAGCUCUUACGCAUAUGAGACGCCUAUGGCACAAGACGGCCCGCAGGGGUUCAAUCCAUGGGCCACCGUCAGCAACAGCUCGUAUGAUGUACAACCACCGCCACAGCAGCCACUGCAGAUAACUACCACUACACAGCUUUCGCAGUCAUAUGGAAACACGUCGUAUGGCACUGGCGUGCAGUUCGACCAGAAUGCGGGCGCGUCUUACCCUAGUGCUGGUGGCGCCCCUCACCACUCCACCUUUGUCAAGACGCCAUACCCGCCAGCAAACCCUGCCCCGCAGGUAUCGUACGCGCCCAGCAAUGCCUAUGCCACGCAACCACCUGCAGGCCACGGAUACUUUGGGUACCAGACACAGCACGAUUUCCAGCCAUCGCCAGGCAGUGGUGCCGAGUACCAGGAGCCAAGCCCGCAGCCCCAUCGAGCAUACGAGUGAGGGGCCGGCUCUUGGCAAGCGCAGGCUAUUUUUAUCUUCCCCAUUUUC